ACAGCAACUGCGACAGUUUCUCAAGACACUUAUGGAAACAAGUGUAGGUACCGACGAAGAUGUUUAAAAAACUGGGAAGAAAGCUGGGGCUUCUUGGCCGAAUUUGAUGCUCAGAUCUUAGCCGGCAGCAAAGGAAACCAAAAGGAACCAGAGCCUCUGCCAGAAAAGGCAACACGAUUCUCAGACAAUGUUCCAAAUACAAACUCCGGUAACUAUGGAAACCGAGUAAAUACUGAUAUAGGAACGGCAAUGGCGAAAAUGGAAUAUCAGUUUUACAGUGGAGGUCGACGAAAGAAGUUAGGGAAUGACAUGAUCUGCUAUUAACUUUAAAUAUUGCCAUAACUUUAGUGUUGUUCUUUUUUUGUAUGUUUGGGCUUACGGUGUCUACAUGGGAUUCGCAUUUAUUUCAUUAUCUGUGAUAUGUUAUUCUGAUGAAAUUUGGUACAAUUAGGUACCGAACGGUGUUCAGCCACUUGUCACUUGUUAUCAGAUGUGUGGCUUUAAGCGGUCAACAGUUCUCCUCUCUGUCUAUUUUUGAAAACUGUUACUUUAACAAAUUUCUGAAAGUUUUCUUGCUAACUUAAAUGAUUUUUCUCAUUUUGUGUAACUUAAACAUAAAUUCAUGCUGCCCAGUAACACGCGCGUAUUAGUUUGCCACCGAACAAACUUCAAAAGGUUAUUUACAUGACCCACUAUCGUUAAUAAUUACACUAAGCUUUUCUGAUCUAUUGUUAUUGUUGGCAAUGCAUUUCUGCUUCAAACUCACGACCUGUAUGAAGCAUCCAUUUUCCAAAGUCAUGCAUUGAUUGUUUGAAAUGGUGUAAUUUGUCUUCAACAAUGCUACAUUGUUUGAAAUACCACUAAAGGAGUAUAAAGAGCAAAAUAUCAAUUUUUCUUGUAGACGACAGCGAUUUUUUUCCGUUGCGUGCUGAAAAAUCUGUACUUGUCUUCAUUUGGGAAUGCAUGCGUUUUGAAAAAUAAACACUAAAACUGAUAUACUUGUCUAAAUCACCUUUAGAUUUGUAUAAUAAAGUGUCUCUUCAUUAAAACCAUAAAGGUGAAUGAACAUUUUUUUUAUGCCAAGACUACAGUAGAAAUAUACACUCAGUUCCAAAAGAAAGUGUGCACUUAGUUUUCUGUUAUUUUUUCUCGGUUAUUUUCAUGAAAAGAUAUAAUGUUUGGUACCAAAAUUUAAAUCAGUUCGUAAACAAAUUGGUGUGCAUUUUAAAUUUUGAGUUAUACCUGAGAGUUAGUGUAUGAAAAAAUGAAACAAAAACGUCGGGGAAUUUUUUGAAAUAUUUAAACUUAAAAAGUGCACACUUUCUUUUGGAACUGAGUAUACACCUACCAAUAUUGCUUAGCUUAAUGUACGUUAUUUGUUAAUAAUAAAACAAAACAAAUUUCAUAUUCAUUUUAAACUGUCUGUUAGGUAGAAGUCUUGUCAUUUUACAUUUUGCAUGUAUAUCUUUGAAUUAUGUUGCUCUUAUAAAAUAAAAACUUUGAAACUGA